AGCCCAGCAGAAGAAGAAAGGCUCUCUCAUCUCGUCCUGCUUAAAUUACUUUCUUACCCUGCCCUCUCUACAUCCCAUCAUCUUCUGCCUCCUCCAUCCCCUGGAAGGAAAAAAGAAAGAAAGACGACGGAAAAGCAGAAAAAUAGCGAGAAGGAAAAGGAAUAA